AUGAACGCACCUCCGGAGGAUGAUCUAUCGCUAGGCCAGCCCAAUGUACCGGCAACAUAUUUCAAGGACCAGCGCGUAACCUGCGAGAAAGACCUUUACAAGAGCCUGCCACCUCUUAUCAAUGGCAAGGCUGGAUACCAGUCGCUGCUUCCUGAUCACACUCUAGUGGAUACAUCCAACCAUGCCGACCCCAAUUCAGAGAAAGGAGCAAAGAUACGCCCAGACUUGGGCCACUACGAGCAUGGAGUAGUGUCCGAGGAGCAUCCGACCAUGCUAGACCUCAUCAUACUCGCCUACGAGGUGAAGAAAGCCCGCAAAGAAGACAUUGUCAACGACACAAUGAAAUGCACGAAACCCCUGCCUCAUGACGACUGCCAAGCGCCUUACGAAAAUACCUGCCAGACCUCUACUAUUACUCGUGGUCAGCUUGCGAACUACGCAACUCAGAUCUGCCGUCGCCAGCACAGAACACACUUCUACAUGGUCUUCAUUUUUCAUCCCUUCAUACGGUUUAUUCGCUGGGACAGAGCUGGCGCCAUCGUAACGAAGCGCAUAAAUUAUGUCGAGGAUUGCACCCCGUUGGUGCGCUUCCUCUAUCUGUUUGGUCGAUUGGAUCGGGCUGGAAAAGGAUUCGACCCCACCGUCCAGCCUGCUUCGCAAGCCGAAGCCGAAGAAGCGAAGAAGUACCUCAAACGGUGGGAGCCAAAGUUGGAGCGAACGGUUUUCAAGAUGGACGUUCCGGCUGCGAAUGGCAAGAUGCGACAAUUCCUGGUUUGGGGGUCGUUAGCUGACCCAGAAUCUCCAUUGGGACGUACGACUCGCGGAUAUCCGGCGGUCGAGGUCAUCGACGGUGUCGUGUCUGCGAAACCCGUGUUUCUCAAGGAGCAGUGGCGGUCUGUCGCGGUAAGGCCGGAGGUCGAGACACUGAAGGAACUCAAUGAACACGGUGUGCUGCAUGUCCCUACAUUACUGUGUGGGGGGGACCUUCCCGGGCAGGAAACGAAGACGCACGAGAUUAGUAUCGGUAACUGGAGAGUGGGGCAUAAGCGCAUCGACAAACGAAUCCAUACUCGAUUUGUCGUCGCUGAGGUUGGUCAACCUCUCGAGAACUUCCCUUCUUCGAAAGUCAUGCUUGGGGCGAUUUAUAAUGCAUUUCAAGGACAUGAUCAAGCUUACAACAAGUGCAAAAUUUGGCAUCGAGACAUCAGUGGUGGCAACAUAUUGAUACUGGAUAAUAAUAAAGGGCUGCUGAGUGACUGGGAUCUCGCACGUGAAGAGGCCGACCUCGAUAACGGGGCGCGUGCGCACGAGAGGACGGGCACUUGGCCGUUUAUGUCGGUGGGACUACUACAACAACCGAACAAGCAACACACGACACGCGACGAUCUUGAAUCGUUUUUCUGGGUUAUCCUCUACUACGGACUCCAUUAUCUACCCCACACCCAUCGCGACUCGCUGGACCACAUGAUGAAAGAGAUAUUCGAUCAAUACGACUUCGCAGAAAGAGACGGUAUGGCACGGGGCGGUAAUAACAAAGACGCGCUAGUUCGCCGUGGACGCUACCUUGGGAGUAGGCGAUCGCAGCAGUUCUCCUUCAUUGGCUGUCAACCUCUGACAGAGUUUUUGUUCGACUGUCUGGACUUGUUGGGGAAAUGGGAUUUUCGUUAUGAUCCGACGAUCCAGAGCUGGGAAGAAGAUGGGUAUAUCCCUGCUUCACACGCGGAGAUGGAACCUCUGUGGAGGCAAGCCCUGCAAUCACCUUUAUGGCCCGUUGCAGACCGUGCCGUUGACCAAGUUCGGCUCAGUAAGAGGCUCGACUUUAUAGUUCGAGGUGAACGUCCGGAACGGAAAGGUUCGAAACGUUCUGAUCCUCACGACAGCAUACAAGAUGACGAAGACGACGACGACGAAUGCUCUCCAAGGAAAAGGCGCAAGACUUGCCAUGGCUCUGAAGCUGCACACCUUUGA